AUGGUUUUCUCCCACUCUUGGCCCGCCCGAAAUGUCCCGCCACCUGCCCGAUACAUGGUUCGUAACCCACCCUACCCCGUCCCGCCCCGUCCCGUCCUGAUCUCCCGCGUGCUAUUCAACCGGUCCCUCUCCGGGUCCUUGUUCUGGAUGGAGAUCUUGGCUCUGUCCUUGAAAUAUUUGUGGAGAAUUUGGAAAGGGUACUGCCUGUUUGAUCUGAAGUUAUACCUGCAGAUGCAGAACAAUCGUGACGAGGGAGUGGAUUUGAGAUUACUGGUGCAUCAGAGUCAAGCGGGUUGCAUCAUUGGUCGUGGUGGAUAUAAGAUAAAAGAGCUGCGGGAGCAAUCGGGUUUACAAACAUUGAAAGUAUACCAAAUGCUCUGCCCUGGGUCGACUGACCGUGUCAUCCAGCUGGUUGGAGAUCUCGAUAAGGUCGUCGAUUGUCUACAAGCUAUUGCUGAGCUUCUUGAGGGCGCUCCUCCAAAAGGCUCGCGGCAGAAUUAUGACGCACGAGACGCUGAUGAAUCGAUUGCAGCAGAUUACGGAGGCUGGGGUGUCGGCAACCAAAAUGCUGCACUUGGACUGGUUCAACGGCGUAACAACUUGUCAACAGCCGCUUAUGGACAAUCCGAUCGACCUAUCCCAAACUCGAAACAGCUCAAUGGUUUAGACACAGACUCACUGCUCGGAAUGUACGUAGUUCCGACCCAACCUCCACGUCUCGACUGCCCUCGUCUAGGGUCAGGCAACCUGGCAAAUAAUGUCCUUGCAGCAGGACUUUUUGGAGGAGGUGGAACAGGAGUCACAGUUGCUGGUCGUACCGGUGGACAAGCUGCCGCAGUUACUCAAGCUUUGGCGAGUAGCCUUCCACAUGCUUCAGCUGCAGCAAUGCUUGCCGCUACUGGCGGUCAGACUGCUGGGGGUCCUAACGCAGGUCCCGCAGGUGACGCUGCUGCGGCGGCUGCAAUGAUGGCUGCUGGACUUAUGAUACUUCCUAACCGCGUGGCGAUGAACUUCCUCACCCCCACCACGACAACACAGGUGUCCGUUAGUAACAAAAUGAUCGGCGCCAUCAUGGGACGCGCUGGUGUUCGAAUCAACCAGGUCCGUCAGGAGUCUAAUGCGGACAUAAAGAUUAGUCGACAGGAACCUGGUGUUGAAGACCGCAUCAUUACUAUCACGGGCACUCCAGAACAAAUUCAAAAUGCACAGUUUUUACUUCAGAUGUGUGUGAAGAAAUAUGGUGACCAAGUGUGAAAUCUACGCGCCUCCGGAGAUUCUUCAGUCAGCUGUGUACUCAGUAUCACAUUGGUCAACAUCCGCGCGUCGUUCAGAACGAGAUCUUGUAUACUUGUCUCCCCUCGCUUAUCCUUGUUCCACUUCUAUUGUACUCCUCUGUUCUCAAAGACCGGAACGUGCACGGUACAGUUGCCCAGUAAAAGUAUGCUCGAAGUUACCAAACAAUAUGUUGCAGUUUUCCAGCCCGGUUACCUUACGAACAAUAAUCAUACUACUCGUAGUAAAACUGAUACUUACUUGCUGAUGUUGAGUUCUCCGACAACCAUACGGGUUACUCAGCUGUAAAUUAGACAGUUAGGGUGUCUCGCAAAACAGGGCUUAGGAUAUCGUAAUAAAUCGUAUUGCCACACAUUCCGCGUUCUAACAUUACGAGAUCCAUAUAUGUACUGCGUACAGUGUCCCUUUAGCACACAGGAAUUCGCUUUGUCCCAACCCUGGCUACAUCUAAGCAUUUCACUCCACGAAGCAUGCCUGAGAUAUCCCACGUUCGAUCUACUUCCAUUAUGCUAGAUCCAGUUAGGCGAUAACAACGACAGGGUACUUGUAAGAAAUUGAAACAAAUGUGGCCCACGUAUCCUCAAUUCAAGUCGGCUUUUUGUGGGGAAAGACAGGCG